AUGGCAGAGGAUUUAACCUCUUGUUUUUACAGGCAGGGUAUUCUCCCCUACCCUAAGUUCUGGACCUCUACCAAGCCAUUCGGGACACCGCUUGGGCCAUAUAUUGUGCAGUGGGUCAUCACAGUGAUCAUGAUCAUUGCUCCUCCAGCCGGCGAUGCUUUCAAUUUCAUCGUCGAUCUCGCAGUCUAUCCCGGCAACAUCUUCAACUUCCUCUUGGUUAUUGGUCUACUACUGAUCCGCAGACAGCGCGCACGCAUGGGACUGCCAAGACCAGAAUACCGGGCAUGGAACAUUGCAAUUGCCUUUGCGCUCGUCACCAAUGUGUAUAUGCUGAUUGCACCUUGGUACCCACCGACAAGCGGUGCCAACGGCGGAGAUGUCAGCUUUUGGUACGGCACAUAUUUGGUCGUGAGCAUUGGAUUAUUGGUCCUCUGCGGCAUUUACUACUACCUCUGGAUUGGUUUGCUCCCUCGUUGGAAGGGAUAUGAGCACCGACAGACCCUGGUGGAGCUUGACGAUGGAUCGAUUACCCACCAACUUGUCAAAGUAUCGAAAGAAGACUUAACCCGGUGGGACGACGAGCACGACGCCACAGGUCGGGUUUAUCGACGAACCGGCUACAGUAGCGCAGACCAGGGCUCGAACUCAAAUUGA